CGCUGGACUCCAUCGUGAAUUACCUGACAACGAUGUGGCUGUUUAAAUCACGGAGAAGGAACACUUCGUUUGCCCUGCUGAUCGCUGCCAUUUUGGUUAUUUCCUACCUUGGCUAUUCCUUAAUCGAUGAUAUGUAUGAAACCGUUUACGAUUCCUUACCUUCAUUCAAGGAGAAUUCUGUGAAGCUGGCUGCUAAUGAUAAAGCGAUAAAAGUAUUGAUUGUGGCCUACUACAGAAGCGGUUCUACUCUCACCGGAAGUCUCUUUGACGACAACCCCGUGGCCUUCUACAGCUUCGAGCCCCUUUACCCACUUUACCUACACACCAUAGCCAAAGGGUAUCCAGUGAAAUACUUUAACGGCACUGUCAGGGAAUGUCCGGACAAGCUGAGGGAAGACGAAACCAUGGCAACAGAGAUUUUGUCCGCCAUCUAUUCCUGUCGAUUUCAAGAUUUCGACGUGGCAACCGCGACCAAGCAGCUGUGUAAUUCGGUGUCCAAAAGUAUACUAGACUUCUGCCAUUGUGUUCUCCAAAAAAAGGGGAAUCUAGAAAUGGUUCCACAGGACUGCUUUCCGGCGUACUAUCAAAGAUGUGCGCAGGCGAAAUAUCGAGUUGUUAAAAGCGUGCGCGUAGGAAUGGAUGUAGCUAAACAGCUGAUUCAGCAAUAUCCGGAGGUCAAAGUUAUUCAUUUGUUACGCGACCCGAGGGCAAUGUUUUGUUCUAACAACUUUGGUGCGAACUGUGUUGUCGACGUAUUGACCGUGGAAGCCUUUUGUCGGCGUAUAACGAAGGAUUUCAAAGAACGACAACUCUUGGAACGGGAGUAUCCGUCCAGUUUCAAAGAGGUCAUUUUCGAGGAUUUAGUAGCCGACCCUGUUGGCGUUGCGAAAGACAUUUAUUCGUUUGUAAACUCGCGGCUUCCGGAUUAUAUGGCGAAAUUACUUCUUGAAAAGACUCAUUCCAAGAGCGAUGGACCAUAUGGAACAAGGCGAGAAAACUCGACUGCAACGGCCUACAAAUGGACAAAAAUCAUUGGACAACGCACGAUCACCAUGAUUAACAGCCAUUGCUCUGAGCUAAUCAAGCACGGAAAAUUUCCUCAAAUCAUCACAGAAAAAGACUUGAGGGGUUUUCGAAUUCCACAGAGACCUUUCAAAGAGUAA